AUGACUACGGAAGAAUGGGAAGUCGCUCCAGGGCACGUGGAAACACUUACCGAAGAGCAGGAAAAAAAGCUUAAACUUGUUUGGACUUAUUUGCUUACUUUCUUUGGUUACAAACUAGCUUUACCUGAGCCUCGUGCAAUAUCCAGGCGCUCAACAACAAACUCCGUUCUAAGUGCAAAAACGGAAAGUUCGACCAAAAGUAAGGGCUUGUUCGGCAGAUUCAGAAAAUCACAUAAAAAGACAGAGUCCAUUGAAAAAUUGGAACGCGUUAUAUCGCAUCCUUCUACAGAUGUAUCAUCGAAAGAAGAUGCCGGAGGUAGAAUACAUUACGCAUUUAAAGGUUUAAAUAGUGAUGAUAUGAAAAAGGCAUUUUGGGGUUUCCUUCGUCAGGACACUCCCGACAAUCUUGUCCUCCGAUUUGUUAGAGCAAGGAAAUGGGAUGUUGACAAGUCGUUGGUGAUGAUGACAGAUACCAUGAAAUGGAGAUGCUAUGAAGGAAAGCCUGACAAGAUUCUAUGUUCCGGAGAACUCGGAUGUGUUGAAAAUGAUAAGCCUGGUGUCAUUUAUCAGUUCCAGCUUGGAAAAUGUAUUAUACAUGGACAUGAUCGUAAGGGAAGACCAAUUGCGAUGGUUAGAGCUCGUAAGCAUCAUUCCUCGGACCAGACGCCGGAAGAAGUCGAGAUUUAUACAAUGUUGAUCAUAGAGUAUGCAAGGCUUAUGUUGAAUGAGCCAAUUGACACUUGCGAUAUUCUUUUCAAUCUUUCCAAAAUGACAAUGGCCAACAUGGACUGGGGUGCAGUUAGUUACAUAGUUAGAUGCUUUGAAUCGCAUUAUCCCGAGUCUCUUGGAAUCUUAUUUGUUCAUAAGGCACCCUGGAUAUUCAGUGGAAUCUGGAAGAUCGUGAAAACCUGGCUAGAUCCCGUUGUCGCUUCAAAAAUCGUUUUCACAAACAGUGAUAAGGAUUUGGAGAAGUAUAUAGAGCGUGACAACAUUCCAAAGGAAGUUGGAGGAGAUGAUGAUUACGAAUGGCAUUAUUUGGACCCUACACCUUCAGAAAAUGGUCACUUGUACAACGACCAGGAAAAGAAGAAAGCUUUGGAGGAUGAGCGUAAAGAACUUACCGAUAGCUUUAUUGACAAAACCAUUGAGUGGAUUGAAGCACCUGAUGAUCAGGUUACUGCUACACUCUUAAAGGAGAGAAUUCAGAUAGGGAGAGCUUUGGCUAAGAAUUACAGGAAGCUUGAUGGUUAUAUUAGAAACAGAAGUUUCUAUGAUCGUACUGGAGCUCUUAACGUGGAAUCGCCAACUAGUUGA